CAUGUGACUGAAACCCGCGGAAACACAAAACAACCCUUCCUUUUUUGUUUGACGUCUGCUCAUUAUUCAUUGUUUACUUUUAAUUUAUCCUUUUAUCAUGGGGAAAUUGUUACAGAGCAGAUUCAGAUGAAAAACAUGGACAACUUUCAGAAGAUUGAAAAAAUUGGCGAAGGCACAUAUGGAGUGGUGUACAAGGCACGCGAUAAAAUAUCAGGGGAAGUGGUUGCCUUGAAGAAGAUAAGAUUAGAUACAGAGUCAGAAGGUGUUCCUAGUACAGCCAUUCGAGAAAUAGCAUUACUGAAGGAGCUUAAUCAUGAUAACAUUGUCCGACUGCUUGAUGUUAUCCACAAUGAGAAGAAAUUGUAUUUAGUGUUUGAAUUUCUCAACCAAGACCUGAAAAAGUACAUGGAUUCAGCACCACCAUCAGGAUUACCACUCUCUUUAGUCAAGAGUUAUCUACAUCAGUUGUUAAAAGGAGUUGCUUGCUGUCAUUCUCAUAGAGUCCUACAUCGUGAUCUGAAACCACAAAAUCUGCUGAUUGACAAAACUGGUGCAAUUAAGUUAGCAGAUUUUGGGCUGGCAAGAGCAUUUGGACUGCCUGUUAGAACGUACACCCAUGAGGUAGUAACUCUGUGGUAUCGAGCUCCUGAGAUUCUGUUAGGCUGCCGUUUAUAUGACAUGCCUGUUGAUAUUUGGAGUCUCGGUUGCAUAUUUGUUGAAAUGUUGACUCGCCGUGCAUUGUUUCCAGGUGAUUCUGAGAUUGACCAGUUGUUUAGGAUUUUCAGAACACUUGGCACACCUGAUGAUAAUACUUGGCCAGGUGUUACUAAAUUACCUGAUUUUAAAUCAACCUUCCCAAAAUGGAAUGCACAAGAUAUAAACAAGAUUGUUCCUACCUUAGAUAAAGAUGGCAAGAAUUUACUUUCACAAAUGUUGUGCUUCGUGCCUGAGCGUAGGAUUACAGCAAAGUCGGCAUUGAACCACCCUUUCUUCCAUGACGUCACCAAAACAGUUCCACAACACAUCAGUAGCUGAUUGGACAUGUACAGAUGUGGUUGGUGUGAGAAACACAGCAGUUUCAGUUUUAACUUCUUUAACUCAUUCCCAUAGUACAUAAGGUUUGCUCUGUAAUGAAUUACAAAAAUGACUUCUAGUCUAAGAGAAUAGGCAUAUUAACACCUGUCCAAAAGAUUAUGCCUUUGUACACCUGUCCUGUGAGUAGACAUUUUCAUACUUUGCAUCUAGGUCUAUUCACACAUCUAUGUGAAUAGAUCUACAGUAUUUACACUUAUCUUUGUGAGUACCGGUAGGUCUAUUCAUUCCUAUCCAGGAAAGUAGGCCUAUUGACACCUCUCCAGGAGAAUAAGCUUAUUCACCCCUGUCCAUGCGAGUGGAAAUUUUCCCACAUGCUUCAUUCAGGCCUAUUUUGGCCUAUCUAUAUGAGUCGGCCUAUUCACGCAUGUCCAGGAGAGUAGCCCUAUUAUCAGCUGUCCUUGGGAAAGAGUCUAUUCACAUCUGUUGUGCAAAUUCGCCUACUUUCAUCCAUCUGGAAGAGUAGGCCAAUUCACAGCUGUCUAAAAGAUCAGACCUAUUCAUACCUCUGUAAUGUUAGACCAAUUUUCAUCAGUUCAAAUUUGCAUUGAGAGUCAAAUGUUUCUUGUCGUAGGUGAUUCAAGAUGCUUGCAUUUUUAACAAGCAUAGCAGGAUGAACAUAGUCUCACAAACAGAAUGCAUGAACCAAAUUCUACAGUACCUACCUUAUGUACAAUUAUUUUGAAACUCAUAUCUGUAAGAGUACUAGGGUUCCAUCAUUCCAAGUUCCUUCUAAUGUUUAAAGUUAUAUUUACAUUUGACUAAAACAGUUAAUACUGUACUUUUAUAAACUUUAUUUUAUGAUUGAGCUUCAAAUCUUACUUUACUAUGCAAUUUCAUCUGCUCUAAAAGUGCCUUGUAGAAACUUCAGAACUAUACAUUGAAAAUAUAUUAUUUUGACUAUUAAGAUAAAUUAUGUUAGGUAGGUUUAGCAGUAGACUGGAAUAGGAGAUAAUAUUGGAUGUCACAAUAAUAGAACUACCAUACUCUGUAAUUUUUUAACUCAUGUCCCAGAGAUAUACUUUUCAACUUUAACAGUUUAAAUGUAUAGUGUAUAAAUAAAUUCAAUGAUUUUGAAAUUUGA